AGCAGCAGCAAACACCUCCACCUCACUCGAUCACGCUCAUCCAGCCGCCGGCGAAGCGUCGAUCGAAGCAUUGCACAUUCGAACGCAAAAGGCAGUGGUGCAUUGCCAUUGCGUUGGGCUCGUUAAUUCAUCCAGCGGCAAUGCCGGUGGCGUCGUUGAGUGUGGAGGUGGCGGUGGUGGCUGCGGCUGCGGCUGUGCUUGUGCUCCUGCUCUCGCCGGGCGCGGUGGUGGUGGUGUCUGCCGGACAGCAUGAUUACGGUGACGCGCUCCAUAAGAGCAUACUGUUCUUUGAGGGGCAGCGCUCCGGCAGGCUUCCCCCCGACCAACGUCUCCGCUGGCGCCGCGACUCCGGCCUCCACGACGGCGCCGCCGCCGGCGUGGACUUGACGGGAGGGUACUACGACGCCGGCGACAACGUGAAGUUCGGGUUCCCGAUGGCGUUCACGGCGACGCUGAUGUCGUGGGGGCUGAUCGACUUCGGGCGGAGCUUCGGGCCGCACAAGGAGGAGGCGAGGAAGGCGGUGCGGUGGGCGACGGACUACCUGAUGAAGGCGACGGCGAAGCCCAACACCGUGUACGUGCAGGUCGGCGACGCCUUCCGCGACCACUCGUGCUGGGAGCGUCCCGAGGACAUGGACACCCCCCGCACCGUCUACAAGGUGGACCCCUCGCACCCCGGCUCCGACGUCGCCGCCGAGACCGCCGCAGCCCUCGCCGCCGGCUCCAUCGUCUUCCGCGAGGCCGACCCGGCCUACUCCAAGCGCCUCCUCGACCGCGCCAUAUCCGUGUUCGAGUUCGCGGACAGGUACCGGGGCCCCUACAGCAGCAGCCUCCACGACGCGGUGUGCCCCUGCUACUGCGACUUCUCCGGGUACCAGGACGAGCUGCUCUGGGGCGCGGCGUGGCUGCACAAGGCGUCGCGCCGGCGGGAGUACCGCGAGUACAUCAAGAGGAACGAGGUGGUGCUCGGCGCCAGCGAGUCCAUCAACGAGUUCGGCUGGGACAACAAGCACGCUGGCAUCAACGUCCUCAUCUCCAAGGAAGUACUGAUGGGGAAGGACGAGUACUUCCAGUCGUUCCGUGUCAACGCCGACAACUUCAUGUGUACCCUCCUACCUGGCAUCUCUAAUCACCCCCAGAUCCAGUACUCCCCAGGCGGGCUGCUGUUCAAGGUCGGGGGCAGCAACAUGCAGCACGUGACGUCGCUGUCGUUCCUGCUGCUCGCCUACUCCAACUACCUAAGCCACGCCGGCGCGCGGGUGUCGUGCGGCGCGGGCGGCUCGGCGUCGCCGGCGCAGCUCCGCCGCGUGGCCAAGCGGCAGGUGGACUACAUCCUCGGCGACAACCCGCUGCGGAUGUCGUACAUGGUGGGGUACGGCGACAGGUUCCCGCGCCGGAUCCACCAUCGCGGGAGCUCCCUCCCGUCGGUCGCCGCCCACCCGGCGCGGAUCGGCUGCAAGGCAGGCGGCGCCUACUACGCCAGCGCGGCGCCCAACCCCAACCUGCUGGUGGGCGCCGUCGUGGGCGGGCCCAGCGACGCCACCGACGCGUUCCCCGACGCGCGCGCCGUGUUCCAGCAGUCGGAGCCCACCACCUACAUCAACGCGCCGCUCAUGGGCCUGCUCGCCUACUUCUCCGCCCACCCCAACCCAGCCGAGUGGGCCGACGACUAGAGCGACCGCGAAAGAGAAAAUCAGCUAUACGGGCCUGGGCUAUCUGUUUUUGUCGGGCCCACUCGGAUUGUUUGCCUGGCGAUUGAUGGAGUACUACUAUAUUUGUGUAGCCAAAUUAUAUAUAGUUUAACUCUCUCUCUCUACAAAAAGGAAAAGUAUAGGUAACUACAGCCACCUCCUUUUCCUGCUAAAAGUAUCGGCAAGGAGGAAGGGAUAGGCUUGUUUACCAGCAAUAUUGUAAUAGUACUGUUAUAUUUGUUAGCUUGAUUCGUCAUUAUACAUUGCCAUUUUAUUAAGUGCG